AUGCCCAACCUGCUCAACCACCACACGCAGGAGGAGGCGGGCAUGGAGGUGCACCAGUUCUUCCCGCUGGUCAAGGUGCAGUGCUCGCCGGACCUUCACUUUUUCCUGUGCAGUGUGUACGUGCCCGCCUGUACCAUCCUAGAGCGGCCGGUUCCGCCUUGCCGCCACCUCUGCCUCUCCGCCAGGGACGGCUGCGAGGACCUCAUGAACAAGUUCGGGUUCCAGUGGCCGGAGUCUCUGGACUGCAACAAGUUCCCUGCAGGUCCUGAGGCGCUGUGCGUGGAUAACACGUCCACCUGA